UGUGGAUCAACAACCGAGGUCAUGUGAGAAAUUCAAGAAUCAGAUCGGUCAAACAUUCUGCCAUAUUUAUAUGUCUACCUCUGAAGAAAUUCAGAUUUGGUGUUUAGUGUUGCUCAGAGUAUAUAGAUCAAUACCUUAAAGUUCGCAAUCAUGAUACCACUUCACACUAGCGUUGAAAGUCCUGUCACCACCAUAAAAAAUCCUCUACCGAAGCUUCUUCAAACGCCAUCUGGAUUGGCUUUGUUAGAGCUUCAGGGAACGAUCAACCUUCCAGAACCAGACAUUGAGGAUUAUGAGCUGGCGAGAAAUCCAGAGUCUUCACUGGAAAGUCUUCAAACUCCAAUUGGUCGUCUCAUCUUUCCAGAAUAUGACUCGGCAAAUCCAGAUAAUACCAAGUGGAUGAAGCGCGUUUACCUCUACGUAGGAAAGCAUCAAAGGCUCACAGGUGAAGUCAAGAAGCUUCCAAAGGCUUACGCAGUUAUUAGAAAGAAGGAAACCGGGCUGAAUUCCCUAACGAAUGGCAAUAUUUCAACGCGAGGUGUUGAGUCCGGUGCUGGGGACGAAUUGGAAAUUGUCGAAAUUGUGAAGUGGAAGAUUUUAUUCUCGACAAGACCCGAACCAGUUGGAGCUAUGGUUACUGGUGCUACUUGAAGUUUGGAAUAUCAAUUGUCUAUUGAGGAGAAGGAAGCAAGGGAGCAACGUUUACUUCUCCAAUAGCAAUCAUUACGUACAAUGGUUGUUGAAUAGGGCACUCGUGCUCGAGUUCUCUCAUGCCGCGGACUGCCCUAUCCCACAGUUAUUGUUCAAUGUUAGAUUGAUCUUGGUGUUCUGUGGUACAUUAUCACCGACAGAUAUUCCGACGAGUUAAUCGUGUCUUCCGCCCGAGCUCUUGCAACAAUGCUUGAGAGGAAAUAUAUGAUGAGAAGACAGGUGCGUCGUGUGCAUUUCGAUUUUGGUCUUGCUGGAUUUAGAGGCUGUUUGGAAUUGCUGCAUUCAGAGCUAUGGAUAAUAUGGAAUGAUAUGGAAUUGCUCUAAGGGUAACAGCAUUGUUUUGGCCUCUUAUCACUUUAUAUGUGAAACAGAGUCCAGUGAAUAAUGGAAGAGAUAUUCAAGUCUGCUUCGCUUCCUGAGGCCUUUAUAUAGAUUUUGAAGCUCAGCCAAACUCACAAGGACUUAUCUGAAGAGAGUAAUGAAUAUGAUUCAGAAACAAAUUGCUGAAAGCAAACAUGAGCUGGUACUGAGUCCUAAGAAUUUAGCAGAAAUUAUUCAAUCUUGAACUCACAGUCAUCUACAUCCAUUUAGUUGAGCUAUUUAAAGGUCUCAUUGUCCUACCCUUUCCCUACUUUCAACCUGCAACUCAACCUGCAACUCAAAUUCAACCCAACCUCCAACCCGACCGCCAACUUCACCUUCAACUCAAACAUUUCUUCAGACCCAAACCAUCAAACAAAGAAAUCAACAACGCAGCAGUACUUCAGAAAUACCUCAAUAUGAAAUCCAUCUUCAUGCAUCCUACACUUUUCAUAUCCCUUCUUAUGGGUGUCGGCCUAGGUGUUGCACAUAGUUUCAUGGAAUCCGAAACCGAAAUUCUUACAACAGCUCACCUCGAAAAAUCCUCAAUCACAGCCAUACCAACCCCCCUCCCCCUCAGUGUCCAGAAUAUAGCUGUUCUAGCUACUCUCUUAGCAUUUGGUAUCUACACACCUGCUGUUAUCGGUAUCGGCAUCAUGACUCGUAAUGUGCAAGCACACGCUUUGUCUGACUCAGGUGGUUUGAACUCUUCACCAUCAUGGGGGUCAAGCCCGCUCGAUACCAGACGGAGACGAAGAGCACACCCUAGAGAUAUCUCUGCUGCAACUCCUCGUACCGAAGAUGGAAGCUCAUAUCAUGUGGCUGAAGUUCUGAUUAGGAAGCUUGAAAAACUUGGCGGACAGGUAACUGGAAAGUAUCCCAGAUUCGAGAGCCCGGGACAUCUGCCAAAACUUGCUGCUUUGGGUAAAGAAAAUCAAAAGAAAGAUGAAUCAACAGAUAUUGAGUCACAUAAUUCAUUCACAAGCUUGAAUGAUAAAACCCCGUUUCCAAAAUCAGGUCUGCAUACUAAACCUUCCAAUUUUAAUAUCGCUAGCACUAAUGUGCUAUACUGCAGAUCUCAAAAUCAGGCAAAAUGACAAUAGUCUUCAAACUAAAGAGGUCUCGCUUGUCGCUAGAGGUUCGUGGGAAAGUCUCAUGCAUUGUUUUCUCCUUGCGGAAAAGUGGGAUGGAGAUGUACACGAUUGUGUAUAGAUACUAUGCUUCAUGGCCCGGCGAUUUGGACAAGCUAAUACUGAUACGUGCCAUAGUAUAGAUGUUGAAACCCAUCCAUAUGGUAAUAGGCUCCAGUCUAGAUUACUUGUUCCUAGAAGCCGCUGGCAAGAUUUCAUCCAUCUGUGCUGGGGCCUAGGGACACAUUAUGGCCCUGUCGCAAAGGAUUGUGGCAGCGAAUGAUACUACUUGGACGGGUAUAACGGUUUGGAUAUCUGUGGAUAGCUUGCUUG